GGGAAAGGCAGAACGGGAGGAAAAUUAGCGUAUUGCAGGGAGAAGGGGAGAAAAAGAGGAGGAGAGUCUGAGGAGACAAAAGGGGAUUUGGGGGGGAAAGGGAGGUCUGGGGGACUUACGGGGUGUGGGCAGCGGCGUUUGGGCGGGGUGGGAUUGGGAUUUUGGAGGUCCCUGUGUGCGGGCACUCCCAUUGGCACAUCCCUUCGCUUUCCCUGUUCCCUACAGCUCUGCUCCCUGCGCCGGCAUCUCCUGUGGCCGCUGAUCCCGCAGCGCGGCUACCGGGGGGAUUCCCCCACGGAUUCCGGGAAGGACGUGCUGGAGAUCCCGCUGCCCCCCUGGCAGGAGCGCCCGGAGGAGCCGCUGGAGACCAAGAGAGCCCGGCUGCUGUACGAGAGCAGGAAAAGGGGCAUGCUGGAAAACUGCAUCCUGCUCAGCCUCUUUGCCAAGGAAAACCUGGCGCGCAUGAGCGAGGAGCAGCUGAACCGCUACGACCGCCUCAUCAACGAGCCCAGCAACGACUGGGACAUUUAUUACUGGGCCACUGAAGCGAAGCCGGCGCCAGCAGAGUUCGACACCGAUGUGAUGGCCAUGCUGAGGGAAUUUGCUAAAAACAGGAACAGGGAGCAGAGGCUCCGGCAGCCGGACCUGGAAUAUCUGUUUGAGCCGCCACGCUGAAGGAGGGGUCGCCUCUGUCCCCAUAUUCUGGAGUAGUGCAGGGACGUGGGGCUCUGGACUGGUGUUUCCCCCUUCCCUGUGGUUUUCCUCCUCUUCCAGCAGCCUUUGGACACUCGUGGAAUGCUGAAUAAAGCCAUGGCUACUGGCCCUGC